AUGGACACCUACUAUGGCUACUUCAAAGAAACGAACCCCGAGGAAUACCACUUCUUGGAUUUUUACAAGUACCGCAGUAAGCAAACUGAUUUCACAUAUUCAUUUCAAAAGGAAGCAGACAUACUUCGGAAAUGUCUGUCCAACAUAUUGAAAGAGAGUUCGGAAGACAUUAAGGAACAGAUUAGUCUGCUACUACAAGAUUUUGAGGCAAGUUAUUUUGAUUUUCUGAACGGUUGGCACGUAGUAUGGGAGAUUUCCAGCAGUCCCGAGAAGGGGGUAAAAACUCUCACAACUACG